AUGGAGAAUUCUGGAAAUCACCAGGAUGUGAUAGUUCCUCCAGUAGAAGGUGUUGCUGGAGGCGGGACAGCAUAUGGAUGGAGUGAAAGUGUGGCACGUGAUCCUACUUUACUGAAAGGGUCGAUUGAUCCUACGAAAGUUCAUUCUUCAGAAUUAGUACACGUGUGGUGCAUGCCGAGCACGGCUAAUGUUGGACCACAAGAUAUGCCACGAGCAUUGGAGCCAAUAUCUCUCUUGGCAGCUAGAAAUGAGAGGGAAAGUGUCCAAAUAGCUAUACGUCCAAAAGUUUCUUGGGCUGGAUCGGGUAUUGCUGGGACUGUACAGGUCCAAUGUACUGAUCUGUGCUCCAUUUCUGGGGAUAGAUUGGUGGUUGGUGAGUCAUUGCGAAUGAGGCGAGUAGUGCCUGUUUUAGGUGUUCCUGACGCUCUUGUGCCCCUAGCAAUGCCACUCACUCAACUAAACCUUUUUCCCGGAGAAACAACUGCAAUUUGGGUUUCAAUUGAUGUUCCAAAUUCACAGCCCCCAGGUCAAUACGAAGGAGAACUCAUAAUCACUGCUACCAGAGAUGUCGCAGAAUCUACAACACAGUUCCUCAGUAAAUCUGAGAGGCAUCAACUGUACAGAGAAUUAAAGAAUUGUCUUGAUGUUGUCGAGCCCAUUGAUGGAAAAUCCCCGGAUGAAUUGGUAGAAAAAGUGAAAUCUGCAACCUCAUCUUUGAGAAGAGUUCUUCUAUCUCCACCAUUUUCUGAUUUGUUUUCAGAUAAUGGGCUGGUGGAUAUGAUGGAUGAGGAUGCUAUUACAAAUUAUUCAAUACGACUGAAGCUAACUUUGACAGUCUGGGAUUUUGUUCUUCCGGCGACACCUUCCCUUCCAGCUGUUAUUGGUAUAUCUGAUACGGUUAUUGAAGACCGUUUUGGUGUUAAACAUGGAAGCAGUGAGUGGUAUGAGGCACUGGAUCAGCAUUUCAAGUGGCUGCUUCAAUAUAAAAUCAGCCCGUACUUCUGCAGGUGGGGUGAGAAUAUGCGUGUUCUGACUUACACUUGUCCAUGGCCAGCUGAUCAUCCAAAGUCAGAUGAGUAUUUUUCUGAUCCUCGGCUUGCAGCAUAUGCUGUACCAUAUAGUCCAGUAGUCUCCUGCGGUGAUACGGCAAAGGACUAUCUGCAACGAGAGGUUGAGAUAUUAAGAACAAAAAAUCACUGGAGAAAAGCCUACUUCUAUUUGUGGGAUGAGCCACUAAAUGUUGAACAUUAUCAUCGUAUUCGAGACAUGGCGAGUGACAUUCACGCUUAUGCACCUGAUGCUCGUAUCAUGACUACUUACUAUUGUGGACCAAAUGAUUCUCCCCUGGCUCCCAAUAAUUUUGAGGCUUUUCUUAAAGUUCCAGAGUUUCUUCGUCCCCAUACUCAAAUAUAUUGCACAAGUGAAUGGGUGAUUGGUAACCGUGAAGAUCUGGCGAAGGAUAUCAUUGCAGAAAUACAACCUGAAAAUGGUGAGGAGUGGUGGACAUAUGUGUGCAUGGGACCAUCUGAUCCACAUCCUAACUGGCACCUAGGGAUGCGAGGCACACAACACCGUGCAGUAAUGUGGCGUGUAUGGAAAGAAGGUGGAACCGGCUUUCUGUAUUGGGGUGCCAAUUGCUAUGAGAAAGCUAUGGCUCCUAGUGCUGAGAUUAAGUUCAGGCGUGGCCUCCCUCCGGGUGACGGGGUCUUGUAUUACCCUGGCCAGGUGUUCUCUUCUUCUCAGGAACCUGUUGCUUCUUUACGACUAGAACGUCUUUUAAGUGGCUUGCAGGACAUCGAGUAUUUCAAGCUGUAUGCUUCAAGAUUUGGCAGGGGCGAAUCACUUCAUCUUUUGGAAAAGACGGGCAUGUAUCAUGGUCCUGAGCAGUACACCCACGAACACAUGCCAAUAGAUGUUAUGCGAGGUGAAGUUUUCAGGACAUGCCGUUCGGAGAAUAACAUUUGA